AUAGGUUAGUGAAGUCAGUGUGCCAAAGUCGUGAGUCGCACGCGCAGUCCACUCCGCGGCACAGACACGAGCGCGCGCGCAUUUUUCUUUCAUUUUCUUUGUUGGCAUAGCUUUGUAAGGAAAAUGCCAGCACCGGAUUACAGCGUAGAGCUGGAGCUGGGCGAGCCAGCAGAGCAGCUACUGGAGCACGCUCGUCUGCACUGUGGCGAGGACGACAGCACGCGACUACAGGCCAUUUACGAACUUAAGGACAUCAUAUAUGAACGAGGCGAGUGCGACCCCCAUCGUAUGGAUGACGAAUUUUUAAUACGAUUUUUGCGAGCUCGCAAUUUCAUACCACAAAGAGCACACAGACUGAUGGUGAAUUAUUACCGCUUCAAGCAGGAAAAUUCAGAACUAUUUGAAGACGUAUAUCCAUUGAAACUUCGCCACGUCGGGGAUUCGAACGUCCUCGCCGUGCCUCCAUACCACGAUCAGAAUGGACGAAGAUUACUUAUCUACAGAAUUGGCUGCUGGGAUCCUAAAGCUGUUCCGAUAGACGACUUAUUUAGAGCCACGAUCUUGGCUAUGGAGUUGGGUAUGCUGGAACAACGCAACCAAAUCCUCGGCGGUCUGGCGAUCUUCGACUUGGCCGACAUCGGCACGCAACAAGCGUGGCAGAUCACACCUUCAAUAGCUAACAAAAUUGUGAAACUACUAGUGUCUUGUUUCCCUGCGACGACGCACGCCAUCCAUAUCAUCAACCAUUCGUGGCUGUUCGACAAGAUGUACAACAUAUUUAAGCCACUGCUAAACUCGACAAUGCGGUCUAAGAUCUUCUUCCACGGAUACGACUUGAAAUCUCUUCACCAACACAUAAAUCCGGAGCAUUUACCGGAGAGAUAUGGUGGAGUAUGGCCUGAUUAUUCUUACACUAUAUGGUUGGAAUCAUUGAAGAAAAACUAUGCAGUUGCCAAAGCAAUGAUCUCAUGCGGCUAUAAGUUCCAUGAAGAGGAACUUUCUCCUGAAGUUGUUAAGAAAUUGAAGGAAGACGAUGUUAGGCUGUCGUGAAAGUUGUCUAGGUUUUUACAAAAAAAUCUUU